AUGCAAAACUAAAAGUUUGCUAAUGAAGCUACAUACUCUUAAGAAGGCUCAUCUCUUAAUAAUCCGUCAAUAUAUUUAUCAGGAUAUGCUAUUAAUCCCAAUUAAAACGUCAAUUAAUCCUUACAGAUUCUUAAAUAAAAGAAUAAACUUGGAAAUCUAGAUGUAAUUGAUGAGAACAGUAAUGCUUUUUCAACAAGAAGAGAUAGCGAUUAAAUCAGAGGAAUGACUGCAUAAUAGUUCAAGCCUAAAAUGCAAAAUGACAAAACAAUGAACUAGCUCUAUAAUAGCAAUAGCUCUUAGCGCCAGCAAAGAUAGACUACUACUAAUAUGAAAAAUAGAAAGGUGCUCUAGGAAUCCUAAAAUAACAAUCAGACAAGGCAACCUCAAAACAUGAGUAUAGUACUAAUUUAGAAUCACUAACUAAAUCAGCAUACUCCAACUUAAGCUGAGGAUUUAAGAGGAGUUAGUAAUCGAUAAGAAUCUAAGGUUCAUAGUCUGCAGUCUACCUAGGUAACUAAGAAAAAGAAUGGGGCUAGGGAAAAUAAUAACCAAAUUAAGACAAUAGUGGAAAGUGUCCUUACUAAUCUUUAACAAUAAACCUGUGGUGCCAAGCCAAACAAAUAAAAGUAAUAAUCAAAGUCUAAGAAUAAAAAAUCCUUUAUUGAACGAUCUGAAAUUGAGCAUUCCCAACAGAGCCUGACAGACUAGAUAUAAUUGUCAUCAUUUCAAAAUUAGCCUAAAGAAUCACUUAUCAAAGCUAGUAAUCAUCACUUAAGAAAAUCUUCAUUCACAGAGGGUAAUAAGUUUGCUAAUCAGCUUUAACAGUUCACUCAGGCAGGCAAAAUUAUCAGCAAUAUUAGCAAUGAGAUGAUUCUCAGGCCUUAAACUUCUCAUUAAAAAGUUGAUGCCAUCUCAUAAAAUGUAUAGAUCAAGCGUUCUCACACACCUAAUAAUUUAAAUGCAAAAACUAAGAGCCAGGCACCAAGUGAUCUUGGUAAGUUUAUCAACAACACUAUCAAUCCAAACAAAUUAGAAAGAUUAUCACAGUAGCAAGCGCAUAACUAACAUUAAAUGACAAGAUAAACUAGCUAGUCAGAACUUAGUAAGUCAUAAUCAAAAUCUAAUUUAAACUUGCAAGCCCCUAAGACUCCGAAAAAUUCUGCUAAUUUAAAACUGCAUGUUAGUCUUGCUAAAUCUGCCACAAACAUCAAGAAGCAAUAAUAAAAGAGCUCGAACAAAAACAGAACUGAUAAAAGUUUGUAAAAACUGAAUCAAUCCUCUUGUGUUCUUUAGUAAUAGUAGCAAAAAGUUAUAGAGUAGUCUAUUUAAUAAAUGCCUUAAGAAAUUAAACAAAAAUCAAAGGCUGAAAUAAGGGCUUUCUUGAUAAAGACAUUGCCAGCUGUAAUUAUGGGAUUUAAGGUCCGAAGAAUUAUCAGAAAUAACAAGCAAGUUAAUAUGCUCAAAGCUGAACACAAUGAUCUAAUGAGAUUCAUAUUUGAGUUGAAGAUUGAGCUAGGAGAGUAGAUUAAGUCAAAUAAUAGGCAAGCAUUCUCAACAAAACAACUUCUAAUAUAGUCAAUAAAAGAUCUGAGCAAGAAAAAAGAUCAAUUUUAUUAGACUUAUAUUGAGAUUUAUAACCAUUAACACUGGAUUAAAAUUUCAAAGCCUCUGCCUAUUCAAUAAGAUUAAAAAAGAUUAAGCAACCAAAAAUAGGCUAUAGAGUAAGUUGGAUAUAACACUGUCAAGUCUUUCACAAAUACAAAACUAAACGAUUCAAUAAACACAUAAAAUAACAACACUCAAUAGAAAUAGUAAUAAAACUCACAUUUUUCACUUAUUAGUGAAAGCGAGCUCAAGAACGGCAGAAAUAACUAAAUCAGGAAUUUUUCUCAAAACAGAUCAGAGGUGCCAGCAUAGUAAUAUCAAAAGAUUAUCAUUAAAGAUGUCAGCAAAGAUCAACAAUUAUCAUUUGACCAUACUCUGAAAAAUCAUAAUGACACUAAGAUAAAGAGUAAGCUCGGAAAUUACACUGAGUUAUAAAGGUACUUAACUGGAAGCUAAAAGAUCAAUGAAGAGGAACUACAGAGUCAAGAAAGUUCAGAAUAUGAUUUAAAGAAUGGGUCUCUUUCUCAGAGAAAGCAAUACUUAAAAAAAGGAAUCUAAUCCAGAAAAUAUGACCCUAAACUUGCUAUUAAAGAGUAAAAGGAAAAGAAAAAGCAGCAAGAGAACGAAAAAAUUGAGGAAUAAAAACGACAACAAGAACUGCUUGAAUAGCAAAAGCUUUUAAAACAGCAAAAGCCUAUAUCCUCUUUUAUGAAUGUUAGAACUUCUGCGCAAUCCUCAUUAUAACCUGGUUAGUAGUAAUAACAAUAAAGUCUAUUCCAAAAACAUCAAUAACUAAACACUCAAGAAUCAUAUGAUUAAAAGGCUACUGAUGUGACAGCAGAUUCAAUUAUCCCUUAACCAUAAAUUUUAAGCACAGAACCUGUUGAAACUACUGAGUAGAUGAAUAGGGAAAACUCCUAGCAAAGAUUUUAGAGAUAAUUUAGUUCUAAGAUUCCUAAGAUUAGUACAAAGAGAGAUGAAUCCAAUUCUUCUCUUUACAGAAUAAACCUCAGAAACUCAACAUCAAUUGCUAGCUUAACUCAUGAUGAUAAGAAAACUGCACCUUAAGAGUAGAAUAACAUUAAGAUUGAAAGAUAGAAUCAAAGAAAUUAAAAUUAAAGUCAGCAUAAGGAGAUUCCUACACUUAAAUCUCAAAUAAUAGAGUAAGUCAAAAACCAAGUCUAGGCAACUUAGGCAUAGCUAUCAAAUAAUAACUCACUUGAAUUAUCAUGUCUAUCUGAGAGGAGAUCUAGUCAGAUUAUAAAGCGCAAUAGGGGUUCGAGAGAGACUAGAAGCUCACUAUCUCAAUAAUAAUUGAUUGACUUGAAAUCACAAACUAUCAAAACCAGAUAGUCAAUAGAUCAGAGUACUUCUGGUAGUACAAAAUUCCUACCAAGUGAGGCAAAGAAUAAGGACUUAAACUAAUCAAGCGAUUAAUUGCAUUAAUUAAUAUCAGAACUAUAGUAAGCAGAUUUAAACAAAGAUGCGAAAGUUAAGACUCUAGAAACACUCACAGCUAUAACAGGUAUGUUACAAAGCUUGAGAAAUAAUCAACUCAUUGAUAAAGAUGUGCCAUAAGCUAAGAGGAGAGAUGAAAAAAAUUAUCGCAUUGGCGAAGGAAAUAAUAAUAAUAAUGAGAAGUUAAAACAUACUUUCUAGAGUCUAGUAUAAAAUCUUCAAAAUGAGUUUAACAUGUUGCUUGAAACAAGAGAGAGAAGAUGA